UGGAAGCUGCAUUAAAUUAAGGCCAAAAGAAUACAUACCUCCAUGCUUUGCUUUUCAAGAGGGGAGGUGGUGGACAAAACAAAGCCAGAAUCUGCAUCCCACCUUCUUCUUCGCUCCUUUUCUUCUGUCUCCCACCUUGUACUGCUGGAUCACUGAGUUUAAAUUCCAUGUAAACUUGUUGCUAAUCAGUAUCACUUUCUCUCUUUAGGGAGAUUAAGGGAUCAGCAAUUCGAAUAAUUGGAACUCAAGUUGCUGAUUUUUUUAGCUUGUUAGCUUCGGAGAUUUUUGUUCUAUAGCUAUCUGAGCUGAAUAACAAGAUGGGUAUUGGUAAUCAGGAGGCUAUCAGGCAGAUGCAAUCUCUGAUGGAAAACGUGGAUGAGCAGCUGAAGAACACGUUUCAGAAUAUGCACCAGGGCUAUCCAGGUGAAUCAUUUAUACAGUUUCUCAAAGCAAGGGACUGGAAUGUUGCCAAAGCCCAUAAAAUGUUGGUUGAUUGCUUAAAAUGGAGAGUGGAAAAUGAGAUUGAUAAUGUCUUAACGAGACCAAUCCCCGCUGACUUGUAUAGAGCUGUGCGAGAUUCUCAACUCAUAGGAAUGCCUGGUUACACAAGAGAGGGUUUACCUGUCAUUGCUGUUGGUGUUGGGCUCAGCGCAUAUGACAAAGCACCAGAGCAUUACUAUGUACAGUCGCACAUCCAAAUGAACGAGUACAGAGAUCGAGUGAUAUUGCCAACAGCUACAAAGAAGCAUGGCCGAUUCAUUGGCACCUGUGUGAAAGUCUUUGAUAUGACUGGUUUAAAGAUAUCAGCAUUGAACCAAUUGAGGCUUCUGACAGCAAUAUCUACCAUAGAUGACUUGAACUACCCAGAAAAGACAGACACGUACUAUAUAGUUAACACGCCAUAUGUAUUCUCUGCAUGUUGGAAGGUUGUAAAGCCUCUUUUGCAAGAAAGAACAAGGAAGAAGAUCCAGGUGCUGCAAGGUUGUGGGAGAGAUGAGUUACUCAAGGUCAUGGACUUUGCAUCUCUCCCACACUUCUGCAGAAAGGAGAGUUCAAAGUCAUCUCGACAUAACAAUGCUGCAGGAACUUCUGAAAAUUGCUUCUCCUUUGAUCACGCCUUCCAUCAAGAACUCUACAAUUUUAUCAAGCAGCGAGCUACAGCUAGGGAGUCCGUGGUUCCAACGAGACAGGGAUCUUUCCAUGUAGACUUACCAGAGCCAGACCCAGAUGAUGCCAGAAUUGCCAGAACCAUUGAAACACAGUUCCACAGGUUGGGAAUCGUAGUUAAUAGCAACUGAAGCCAUUGAAACCCUGAGAAUACUUACUGGCAACACUUUUCUGUACUAUUUCAGACCUCAAGACGCUUACAAUUAAACACUUUAUGACCCUUUUUGAUAAAGGGUGCUACGCUAUUUUUUUCCCAAAAGAAAAAGAAGAAGAAGAAGAAGUUAUAUAUACGAACUUGUCGGACGUAAUACUGAAAUGCUCGCAUCAGCUCGAUGCAUGACUAUAUAUGUGGCUAAUUUUACUUUUUCUGAUUUUGCCUUAAUAAACCUUAUGAGUCAAUUAGUAUCUCAAUAAAGAUUUCCUGGAGUAUUUUGUUUCAA